AGAGUGAAUAGAAUUAAUUUUACAUCCAAAAAGAAAAAAAAUGGGAGACGAAGACGUUGCAGCUUUAGUUAUCGACAAUGGAUCCGGAAUGUGCAAGGCCGGAUUCGCCGGAGACGAUGCCCCCAGAGCUGUAUUUCCCUCCAUCGUCGGACGCCCCAGACAUCAGGGUGUAAUGGUUGGUAUGGGACAGAAGGACAGCUAUGUAGGAGACGAGGCCCAAAGCAAGAGGGGUAUCCUCACCCUGAAAUACCCCAUUGAACACGGAAUCGUUACAAACUGGGACGAUAUGGAGAAGAUCUGGCAUCACACCUUCUACAACGAACUCCGUGUGGCCCCAGAGGAACAUCCUGUCCUUCUGACCGAGGCUCCACUUAACCCAAAGGCCAACAGAGAAAAGAUGACACAGAUCAUGUUCGAAACCUUCAACUCCCCCGCCAUGUACGUCGCUAUCCAGGCCGUACUUUCCCUGUACGCUUCCGGACGUACAACUGGUAUUGUACUCGACUCUGGAGACGGUGUUUCUCACACAGUACCCAUCUAUGAGGGAUACGCCCUCCCUCACGCCAUUAUGAGACUGGAUCUCGCUGGUCGUGAUCUCACCGACUACCUCAUGAAAAUCCUUACAGAACGCGGUUAUUCCUUCACAACCACAGCUGAAAGAGAAAUCGUCAGAGACAUUAAAGAGAAAUUAUGCUAUGUUGCUCUAGAUUUUGAACAGGAAAUGGCAACUGCUGCAUCUUCUUCAGCCCUAGAGAAGAGCUAUGAACUCCCUGACGGACAGGUCAUCACUAUUGGCAACGAGCGAUUCAGAUGUCCAGAAGCCAUGUUCCAGCCAUCUUUCCUAGGAAUGGAAUCUUCUGGAAUCCAUGAAACUACAUACAACAGUAUCAUGAAAUGUGAUGUUGAUACCGCCAUGUACGUCGCUAUUCAGGCUGUACUUGCACUGUUUUCUAAUGGUAAGGUAACUGGUAUUGUAAUUGAUGCCGGUGAUGGUGUGUCGCACACAGUACCAAUCUACGAGGGUUAUUACUUUCCCCACGCCACUAAGAGACUGAAACUUGCUGGGCGCGAUCUGACGCAUUACCUCAUGAAACUCCUUAUAGAACGUGGUUAUUCCUUCACAACCACGGCUGAAAGAGAAAUUGUCAAAGACAUUAAAGAGAAAUUGUGCUAUGUUGCUCUAGAUUUCGAACAGGAAAUGGCAACUGCUACAUCUUCAUCAUCUGUAGAGGAGAGCUUUGAACUUCCUGACGGAAAGGUCAUCACCAUUGGUAAUGCAAGGUUCAGAUGUCCUGAGGUCAUGUUCAAGCCUUGCCUCCUUGAAGCAGAAUCCACUGGUAUUCAUGAAUUAACAUUCAAUAGCAUUAAGGAAUGUGAUGCUGAUAUUCGUAAAGACUUAUUCGCUAAUGCAGUGUUAUCUGGUGGUACUACCAUGUGCCCUGGUUUUGCCGACCGGAUGCAGAAGGAAAUCACAGCUUUAGCUCCUAGCACAAUGGAAAUCAAGGUCAUUGCAUCACCAGAGAGGAAAUAUUCCGUCUGGAUUGGUGGUUCUAUCCUUGCUUCUCUAUCCACCUUCGAACAGAUGUGGAUCAGCAAACAGGAAUACGACGAAUCUGGUCCAUCCAUCGUCCAUAGGAAGUGUUUCUGAGUUAAAUUUUUCACU